UUUCGAUGCUGUAGCUAAAGUUAGCAGCUGGAUGCUGAUUGUUGCGAAACGUUUUAAUGUAAUAAUUUGUGGACUGCAAACCUUCAAUAGUUAAUCGUGCAGAGCUGUGUUUAGUUUGCGGCCGACGAGGGCACUCUGGUUUUUCGUAAUCGUAGAGGUUAUGUUCGCGAUGCGCCUGAAAAUCGGUUCCAUAAGGAACAAAGAGUGGAGAUCUUGCUUUUGCCUGCACGUCCGGACGGCGACGGUCGCGUUCGGGGUGUGGCACUUGGUCCUCCACGUUUUGGCGCUGACGGUGCUCGCGCUGAUCAUGAGGAACCACAACAUAUUCAUCCAGAGGCACGACGACUUCGAGCAAAACGAUUUCUUGCCGACGCCCCUGAGCAAAAUCAAAAACGACGAUAACCCGUAUUUCCUGCCGACCACUCAGGAUGGCCGACCCAUACUGCCGUCGGAUAUCGAUAUGGGCGCCCUUUUGACUGUCUGUACCCUGUCGAUCACGUUGCUGAUGGUGUAUGGUGCUAUCAAGGGCAAGCCCAAAUACCUGCUGCCGUUUUUCUUCCUGCAGCUGUUCGAUUUCGCGAUCACGACCCUGACCGCUACCGGUUAUUUUUGCUACCUGAGAUCCGUGCACCGGCUCGUCGCCGAACACUGGCACAACUUGCCGUUCCGCCAGGAACUGCUCUCGCUUAACCCGCAAUACCUGUCGCUGCUGGUGCUGACGUCGUUCCUGAUAUCGAUCGUCUGGAAGGCGUACUGGAUCGGGGUGAUCUGGCGUUGCUACAAGUACCUCACGAUCAAGAGGCAGACGGCCCGCAACACCAUACAUUACAUUCUGCCGGGAGAGGGCAACGCCGACAGCGACGCCACCUAUCCUUCGUUGUUCCGUGAUCAGGAGUAUGGCCCUAUGAAGCAGACUCCGCCUCCAUCGUAUCAGGACAUUAUGGGCGAGCAACCUCCGCCAUAUCCGACCACCAGUUCAGCGGACGAAGCCGCGUCCAGGUUCGUGUUUACUUACACGACGGACGAGUGCAGGGAGGGACCGGUGCGACCCGAAGGCGACGCGACGGGGGGCGUUCCCAGGGUCGGCGAAUCGCCGCCGACGUCGUCGUCGGCAAGCCCAGACGUGCAGCAGGACGAGGGCAGGCAGCAGGACGCGCCCGCAGAGCCGGCACAAGAAGUCGCCACAGUCGAGAAGUAGAGGGCGCGCGCGGCGCGCCUUUAGAUAUAGUUCGUCACUAGUUUCUAGCCAACACUUUCCAAAAUAAUGGUCCGAAUCUCGAUUUAGCAACAGCCCGCGUAAUUUCGUUUAUAAAAAAAAACGGGAGUUGUAAGUGGUGUGUGUCUGUGUGCGUGUGUAAAAAAAAUGAUUUAAAAAGAACUUUGUUAACAUUAUCGUAAAUAAAAAAAUAUAUCGGUUAUCAGAGACCCCGCCCCCUCGGAUGACGUUCCGUUUCGACUGUCAGGACAUAGGGGGCGGGACACCUGAACUGCACGUCCAUCACAUUCUCUUGGCUCUUAUUAAAGGACAAAUACAGUAUUGGA